CCCUUAAGUCUUUCCCCAUUUUUUUUUUAGAUUUUUUUGUAUUACUUUUUGGAGGAGUUGCUCUUACAUUUUAUUUGUAAACAUAUUAAUAAGUCAAACUUAAUAAAGCAGUUUCUCGGCUUUUACAUUUGUUUGGGGUGCGGUCCCUGUUCCUAAUUAUUAGCCAGAGAAUCAAAUAUUUAAAACAUGUUUUCUUUUCAAUCGUGCAUUAUGUUCGUAUUUAAUUUAAAUAUAGCCGCAACGUGUAAUUUUGGAGUUGGGACAGCUUUAACAUGGAAUUCGAGCGAGAGCAAGCGCAGUGAAUAACAUAAAACCAUUGUUUCAUAAAAAAAAAAAAAAAAAAGUCAUGACGCUAAUACAACUUUUUGGGAGGUUUGUUUUACCUGUUUUUAACCCUUGCAAACUCAAUCUAUGCGGUGUGCAUUCCUCGAAUACUCAACGAAAUAUUUCAACAAAGAGUUGAGGCUGUCCCAAAGUUGCCAUUGGUGCUGGUGAGCUGCGGGUGGGCGGGCGGGGGGCCGGUGCAGCAACGGCGCUUCAACACCCGAGCGAGCGAGCGACAAAAGUCAAGCGGAGACGCAGCCCAUGAGGUGACGGACGGGGCCACAAGAUUGCACGGACGAAGCCACAAAUCGGACAUGAUCGGGACUCGUCGCGCUUGCCGCCGCCACGCUAUUUCUUUGCAUGUAGGAUUUAGUGUGCAGGUUUUCUCGGAAGCAUUUUCAUCCCAGAUGACGUCAUCCGAUUCGAAGCGGCAAUGAACUCCAAUGGCAGCAAUGCGUCGUCGGGAGGCCCCUCAGAGGGCGCCGGCCUGUGGGUGACGUCCCUGCUGGGCGCCACCCUGACGGUCAUGUGGCUCCUGGGCACGGCGGGCAACGCGUACACGCUGGCCAUCACGCGCUCGGCGGCGCUGCGCCGCACGGGCUCCGUCUACAUCUACGUGGCCAACCUGGCGCUGGCCGACCUGCUCUACCUGUCCACCAUCCCCUUUGUGGUGGUCACCUAUUUUGCCCACGACUGGCUCUUCGGGGACGCCGGCUGCCGGGUGCUGCUCAGUCUGGACCUGCUCACCAUGCACGCCAGCGUCUUCAUCCUGGCGGCCAUGAGCUUGGAGCGCUACCGCGCCGUGGCGCGGCCCAUGAGCGCCCGCGACUCGUCCCCGCGCAGCCGCAAGACGGCGGCGGCCGUCAUCUGGGCCACGGCCUUCGCGCUCACUCUGCCCAUGAUGGUCAUGAUCCGACUCAAGCGGGACAAGCCGUCUCCGGCCGGCGUGGUGAAGCGGAUGUGCUUCCCCACGUGGACCCGGGAGGCCUUCAAGGCCUACGCGGGCGUCCUGUUCCUGACCAGCGUUCUGGUCCCGGGUCUGGUCAUGGUGUCGCUGUACGCGGGCCUCGCCAGGCGCUACUGGGCCACGCAGGCCCGGCUGGCGGGACGCUCGGCCCGCCGGCGAGGCCUCAAACAGCGUGUGGCCGUCAUGAUCUUCAGCAUUGUGCUGGCCUACUGGGCCUGUUUCCUGCCCUUCUGGGGCUGGCAGCUGACUCAGCUCUUCUCGCCGGAGUCCCUCAAGGCUCUGUCCCCGGCCACUCACAACUACGUCAACUUUUUUGUCACCUGUCUGACGUACGGCAACAGCUGCGUCAACCCUUUCCUCUACACGCUGCUCACCAGAAACUACAAGGAUUACCUGGCGCACAAAAGCCAGUCCACAGUGAGCGGCAGCAGGAUCCAGAUGAGCGAAAGCCCGCCCCCUCGGGACUCCCAUUGAAGGCUUGAAAACUCUCUUGAGUUGACUUACCUCAUCUAUUUCAAUCCCAAGACUGACAACCGGCAAAAAAAGUUCAGAAUCUUGCAAAAUGAGUCACUUUUAUAUAUCUAUUUUUUGCAAUGUAACAUUUUACUGUUCAUUUCUGUGACGAAAAAUAUUGCCGAUUAAAUUAGAUUGCUGAAGUGGUGUUUGAGUUUCCCACAUACAUUCUUCUUUGCGGGAAUGUCAUCACGCUGUGCUACAUUCCUCGGCCUCUCCCCACUCUUUGGAGUCCUCCUGCUAAUUAUCUCACGGGCCCAUUGGUUGUUUUUUUUUUCUCUCAGGUUUGUUUUGUCACGUAACGCAAACACGACUGAAUAAGCCCUCCAGGGUAGCCUUUUCCCAGCUACUCCCUAAAAUGGAGCCAAAACUGGGCACAACAUUGACACAUUUAUUACUUUUAAUCCCGCUUUUAAUUUGAAAGUAAAUUAAGUUAAAUGAU